UGUAUCAUAACGGAUUAAGUGUAUUUCCUGAUUUACUUGUUAAUCAUUAACGAUAUCAGAUCGAUUUUGUAUUUUUGUUUUCGCUCACGAACUUUGGACAAACCUUUUCGUGCGAACUGUCCACUUUAUCUCUAGUCCAUUCGUAGUAUUCAAAUUACAACUGUCAACAACAUCGUCAUCAUCAUCGACUACUGAAUGUAUUAUGUUACAAUGAUUUCCAUUAAUUUGUUUGUCUAAAUCGCGAGUUACUUUUACUGAUUAAUUUUGUGCAAUUGAAACAAUUUUGGUGUCGAAAAAUUAAAAACGAAAUGAAAUCAAUUGAUAAUGACAAGUUAAUUGUGAUCAGUGGAAUCAGCGGAAGAUUUUCAGGAGCUUCUGAUAUUCAUCAAUUAUGGGAUAAAUUAUGUAAAGGAGAAAAACUUUACGGAAGUGACAAGACACCUUAUCCAAAAGUUUUACAGAAUACUCCAAAAUCUCGUGGAUCAAUCAAUGAAUCGGCUAAAUUUGACAACGACUUUUUCGGCCUAACCAAGGAAGAGGCUAAUCUAUUAGAUGGUCAAGUUCGACUUCUCUAUGAAGUUACAUAUGAAGCUUUUUUCGAUGCUGCAAUUUUACCAAGUGAAUGGUCUUCAAGUAAGACUGGAGUUUUCAUCGGAAGUUUUAUCGAUGAUACUGAUUUAACACCUCGAUCAAGUCCCGUUCAUCAAGCGAUUCCAACUCGAUUAUCUUAUCAUUUUAAUCUUAAAGGUCCAUCUAUACGUGUUGACACUGCAUGUGCAUCUAGUUUAACAGCAUUACAAUUAGCUAAACUUUCAAUAGAAUCAGGUGAAUGUGAUCAAGCAAUUGUCGCCGGACUGUGUCUUCAUCAACGAUCAUUUAUUAAUGCUUCGUUCUGUGAUUUCGGCAUUUUAUCAAAACGAGGAUUAUCAUCACCUUUAGAUAGUGAUGCCGAUGGUUAUGUUAGAAGUGAAGCAAUUAUUUCGAUGAUUGUACAACGUAAAUCGGCCGCAAAACGAAUUUAUGCUCAAAUUAUUGGAAUUAAAUCAAAUACCGAUGGAUAUAAGAAAGAAGGAGUAACAUUUCCUAAUCGAUAUGCUCAAAAAGAGGCCAUGAUUGGCGCUCUAGAAGAUGGAAAAGUCAGUCCAAUGGAUAUUAACUAUAUCGAAGCUCAUUUGACUGGAACUCAGGCUGGAGAUAAACGAGUGUCUAUCCAUUUUGAUGCUUAUCGUUCCGAAAGUCAAAAGCCGAUUCAUGUCGGAGCUUUAAAGUCAAAUUUAGGUCAUACCGAAGCUGCAGCGGGCUUAGCGUCACUCACAAAAGCAGCACUGAUACUCCAGAAUGAACUGAUUCCACCGAUGAUCCCGCCUCGAAAAAAUAACCCUGAAAUUGAGCCUCUUGUGAAUGGACAAAUUGUCCCGGUGAUUGAGCGAAAGUGUUUCCGUGAUAACUUGAUCGCUGUGAAUGCAUUUGGUUUCGGUGGGGCAAAUGUUCAUAUUAUUUUGAAGGGUAACGAAAAGACUGAAUGUUCUUGGUCUUGUUCAGAAAGAUUAGUUCUAUUCACCAACAGAACUAAGUCAGGCAUCGAAAAGUCAUUUAAACUGCUCGAAACUAACGAAGAAUGUCAAACGGUCGAGUUUCUUUCCUUAUUAGAUCAUCUUUCAAGUUCGAAACCUGAAUCGGGAAUGAUUUACCGUGCCUAUGGAAUAAUCAGUGGAAACAAAUCGAUCACAACGAAAGAGAUCAAACAAAUAUCUUCCACUCGACAAUUGGGCUUACUAAUUUUGAGUCCACUCACUGAAUCACCCGAUGGAUUGUCAUCUAUACCUGAAUUCUGUGACCUUCUCAACUGUGCGAAGGAUUUGAACAAAUUUUCUUCGACUGUUUCGAUUAUCGAGUUUUUCUAUUCAUUGAACUUGGAAAUUGAUAUUAUUUUAGGCUUCGACACAUUAAUCACUCAAUUCGCUGCUAAAAUUAAAUCUUUCAAAGAGAUGGUUACUGAUUACAAGUCGACAAAUCAAAAGAUCUCAGGUAACCCAAUUGAUGUUUUUUCGCAAUUGAAAAAUUACCUAAAAUCUGCAAGAAAAUCGACUGGCGAAAAUGGAACAAUUUGGUCGUCGAAAGAGUUUGAAGGUCGAUCAGGUCAAACUCUUGGAGAGAUUGAUUUUCUAAUCAUUGAUGGUGAUAUUCGGCUAAUUAGUGGAGACCAGAUUAGCAACGUUUACCAAAAAAGUUCUAAGGUCAAAUCGAUCUGGCAGAUUCUUGGUGAACUUUAUUUACUUGGUCAGAAUAUAAAUCUCAGUAAAAUUCACCCAAAGAUCAACUAUCCAGUCCACAGAAAUGUCCAUCAAUUAUUUAAUUUUAGACUUUGGGAUGUUAAAUUUAUUGAAGCUUGUUCCAUGAACGAGGAAGUGGACAUAAUUAUCAUACAUGAUCCAGUUACAUUUAAAUUUGUAAUCAAAUCAAUUGAUAGUGUAUUUGUUACUGGAUCAGCUUCAAUUGCCAUAUCAAAUCAACAUGAUUCUGGUGGGAUUGAGUUUAAUUUGAGAACUGAUUCAGUUCAGGAUGACGAUGAACUUAAACAAUCUGAUAUUUAUCAAUUUGUCAGACUGAGAGGUUAUCAUUUUGAGAGGAAGUAUAAAAAUUUAUCCCGUUGUAAGGCCACAAGGAGCAUUGGUUAUGUUAAAUACUCGGGUGAUUGGAUCGCUUUUUUGGACAGUUUACUUCAGAUCGAUCAAUUUUGGGAGACCAAAUCGAGGUUACUUAAGGUACCGACAUCGGUGAAAAAUUUUCUCUUCGAUAGUGAUCGUUUCAAUCAAUCGCUCGAAGCUUUCAAAGAUUCAGAUGGAUCUCAACUAUUGAUGGUCUCAUCUUCAACUCAUGGUUAUGUUAAUACUUAUGGAUUUAAUCUCGAUGAAUACGAAAAAAUCAGAAAUCGUAAAAUUGGUUACAUCAAUCAUCUUCCAAAAUUACAGAGAAUUAAAAUAAGUGAACAUUGUGAAACUCAGCGAAAGUUCAGUGAAUUCAUUGACCUUGGAAAACAAUUUAGCUCAACGACGAUUAAAGAUCUUGAUUUAAUUGUUUACAUCGAUGAUUCAUCGAGAAUUUUCCCCUCAAAUGAAAGUGAAAGUAUCGAAAUCGGUUUAAAGAAAUUCGAUAAUCUCGAUCAACAUUUUGUUCUAAUCCAAUACAGAACUGAACUUAGUGUUACGGAAAAGGAAAUACUCAAUCAAUUACCUUUCGACAGUAUUGACGAAAAAUUAAAGUUUAAUGAGCGGAAAAACUUUGACAUCGAGCACCUUGGAUACGUUAAAGUGGCCCAAUCGUUUGUUGAUCAAAGUUGCAUCAAGUUUGACUUAUUUCGUAAAAGAUUUGACGAGAAAAGUUCAAAAAUAAGUCGAGUGAGAAUAGAAAAUGAUAACUACGAUUGGAUUGAUGAGGUGAAGAAAAAUUUAGAUUCUCAAGUCGAUCGAGUUUGGUUAAUCGCCCAAGGCACUAACAGUGGAAUCAUUGGACUUUUCAAUUGUCUUUUCUUGGAACCAAAGGGAAGAAAGUUACGAUGUUUGUUUCGAAACACUGACGAAAAGGAAACGACCAUCGAUCCCAUGGAAUUGAACGAAAUUAUCGAGAAAGAUUUGACCAUAAAUAUCUACAGAAAUGGAUCGUGGGGCUAUAUGAGCUUGGAAGAUAUUGAUACGGAAAAAGAGAAUAAAGUUAUCAGCGAUCAUUAUUAUUACACCUUCGAGAAAGCGGGAAUGCUGGAGACUUUGAACUGGACAGAAAAUUAUUCCAAGACAAUUUGUUCGAAGGAUAAGUUGAUCAAAGUGGCUUUUGCUGCGAUCAAUUUUCGUGAUACUUUGAUCGCUAGUGGAGUUGUUCCAGUUGAAGCUUAUCCUAAGGAAAAUUGUUUCGAUUUGGGUCUUGAAUUUUCGGGAACAACUUCCGAUGGACAAAGAGUCAUGGGAGUUGUUCUGAGUAAAGGAUUCGCAAGUUAUAUUCCGAUUGAUUCGGUUUCAUUUAUGUUCCUAGUUCCUGAUAAUUGGUCUCUCAAAGAUUCAGCGACGAUUCCUGUUUGUUAUAUGACAGCUUAUUAUGCACUCAUUGUGAGAGGAGGCUUGAAACCCGGUGAAACUGUUCUGAUCCAUUCGGGAAGCGGAGGUGUUGGACUUGCGGCCAUCUCAAUCGCUCUCAAUUUAGGAUGUAAAGUAUUCACGACUGUGAGUAAUCAAGAGAAACGAUUGGCUGUAAUUUCAAUGUUCCCUCAAUUGGAUGAGAAUACAUCGUUCGCAGAUUCAAGAUCAGUUUCUUUCGAAGAUCAUAUUCUUACACAAACGGAAGGUCGUGGUGUUGAUAUUGUCCUUAACUCAUUGACUGACGAUAAAUUGAUCGCUGGAAUUAGAUGUUUAUCUCCGGGAGGGAGAUUUAUCGAUCUGAGUAAAAGGGAUUUUAUCCAAGAUAAUCCAUUAGAAACUUAUCAUCUUGAGGAUAACAAAACAUUUGAAACUGUUUGUCUGGUAUAUUUGUUGACAAGUAUUGAAGAAAAUUCUAGAUCAAAAUCAGCGCUGAAAAUGAUCGAGAAACUUUUCGAAACGGGUUUCGAAACUGGUCAAAUUGUUCCCUUACCUAGUCGAGUUUACGAUAAACAGUCCGUUGAACAGGCUUUCCGAAUCAUGAGAAAAGGUCAACAUAUUGGUAAACUGUUGAUUCAAAUGAACGAAACUGAUGAAAGUGGAAAUAUCCAAAUUGAAUCUUUACUUACAAAUCGUAGGACUUAUUUCUGUCCCAAUAAAAGUUAUCUAAUUGUUGGUGGACUUGGAGGAAUGGGACUUGAGCUGAUCCGAUGGAUGGUUAUUCGAGGAGCGAGGAAAAUUGUUAUAUCAUCUCGAUCGGGCCUAAAAACGGGUUAUCAACGUUUCUGUUUGAAAAAUGCUCGAGAUUUAACCAAUAAUCAGGCGACAAUUGUCAUCGUGCGAUUUGAUUUGACAAAUUUUCGAGGAGCGGCUCGAGCAAUCAGAGAGACAACUCGAUUAGGUCCAAUUGGAGGAAUUUUCAAUUUAGCCGCUGUUCUUAAAGAUGGCCUAUUCGAAAAUCAGACGAAAGAAAUGUUCCAAACUGUUUGCGAUCCAAAGAUUAGAAUAACGAACAAUCUUGACAAAAUUUCUCGAAGCGAAUGUCCCGAAUUAGAAUAUUUUAUCUGCUUCUCAUCGAUUGCGGUACAAGGGAAUUUAGGUCAAACCAAUUACGCCUACGCUAAUCACUAUAUUGAGACAAUUUGUGAAUCCCGGCGACAAGAUGGAUUACCGGGCUUAGCAAUUGAAUGGGGACCGAUUGCCGAUGUUGGUUUAGCCGCUCGAACCUUUGGCGAUAAACAAGCGAUCAGUAGUUAUCUUAAUCAAAGUAUCGACUCUUUUUUGAAAACUUUGGACAUUUUCUUAGGACUCGAUUAUUCAGUUUGCUAUUCGGCAAUUCCAUCAGUUCAGAAAACUUUAAAAGCGAGUGAUGCUUUCACCAAAGUCGCUCGAAUCAUGGGACUGAAAGAUAUUGGAUCAGUCGAUCAUAAUAAAACAUUAAGAGAAUUAGGAAUUGAUUCAGUUCAAUCAAUCGAGGUUCAAAUAUUUCUUUCCCAAGAAUUUAAUCAAACAGUUAAACAAUUUACAAUCGCUGAAUUAACACUCAAUGAUCUGAAAACGAUGGACCAAACGGGCUCAUCGAUCAACGAAGAGUCCAAACAAGUAAUCAAGGAGAAAUUAUUAGUUCCAUUAAAUUCUGGUGAAGAGAAUGCAAUCUUUUUCUUUCCUCCGGCGAUCGCCGACUUUUUAUCAAUGAUGCCAUUGGCCGAAGGUCUCGAUUGUCAAGUAAUUGGAAUCAACUAUACAGAUGAAGCUCUGGCCAUCGAAAAGUUUGACCAAUUAACAGAAUUAUAUUAUCAAGAAAUGAUGAAAUCGUUUUCCAAUCUAUCGGAAUAUCUGUUUGUUGCCUAUUCGUUUGGUGUACCGAUCGCCUUUGACCUUGCGAGAAAGAUACAAACUCGACUAGGUCCAAAUCGUAUUAAGCAUAUGAUCUUUAUUGAUACAUCGCCGGUAGGUCAACAACAAAGUUAUAAAUUCUUUCGUCGAUUAAGAGAAUCGGGUAACUUUAAUUGGGAAACUCUGAAAGAUCCUCGAUUAUCUAUGGAUAGAAAACGAAAUAUGCAAAACGAUCGUCUAAAAAUAAUCAGUGUUCUCGAAGGAAUCACCGGAGAUUCUGGUGAAAAAAACACUGAAAUUUUCUUCGGCUUUUGGGAUAAAAUGGCUUCGAUAAUUGAUCUUACAUUUGACCAUAAAUUCAUCGGUAAAGUGAUACAUUUCCAAGCGAACGAUCAACCAUCAGCACUAUUAGAUAAGCUCAAUCAUGACAUGGAUUCGGCCGUUGAUGGAUCAGUUGAUACUCGUUUUAUUAAAUCAAAUCAUUUCGAGAUAAUUAACCAUGGAAAAGAUGAAAUUCUCGCUGGUAUCAAGGAAUUUUUACCAAAAAAUAAUUAGAAUCAAUUGGAAUUGUCAAGUAAAAUUGUUCGUCGAUAAAAAGACAAAACUUUUCUCCAAUUUCAAUGGAAAUUCAAUUUUCUUAUCGAAUCAUAAUAAACAAACAAACUUUUCUUAUUCGUUAAA